AUGGUAUCGAAAUGGAUGUGCGUGACGGCGAUCGUUCUCGCGACUCUCGGAAUCUCGGCCUGUGUGCCCGCCGAAGAAGCCCCAGAUGUGGCGAGCGAUCGUGCGCCGCUGUGUGGGGGAACGAAAAACUGUGAAGACAGCGAGAUUGGUCACACGGCUCAGCAAGCCUACGUUUAUGGCUACCCGCUUAUGCUGAUGGAAUACACCAAGCGAGCGCUGCUGCAGCAGCCCGGCGGCCAAGUCAAUCGCUUCCUUCACCAGCACCGCCGUCCCGACCCCAGCGACACCGCGGUGGUGCGGCCGAACCAAGACACGCUCUACUCGGUUGCCUUUUUGGACCUGAGCGAUGGUCCGCAGAUCCUCGACGUCCCCGAGGUGCGAGACCGCUACUUCUUAUUGCAGCUACUGGACGGCUGGUCUACCUCGAUCGCCGGUAGUCCUGGCACCGCCAAUACCGGCACGGAGGCGCAGAGCUUCGCCAUCGUAGGACCCGGGUACGAAGGCAGCGUCGACGGCGUGAGCGGCACCUAUCACCUCGAUACCAACCUGGUAUGGAUUCUCGGCCGGACGCGCAUCAAACAGGGAGAGCGCGACCGUGUCGAGGUGAUUCGCACGCAGCGGGGCUAUUGCCUGCGCUCGCUGGCCGAUUUUCAGAACGGUGAUCGCAGCAACUGCGAGCGCAGCGUUUCGCUCAGUGACGUGGGCGAGGGACUGCUGGGAAUGUUGCUGCCGGAGACUCCGCCGCCGCCGGAGAUUGUCGGGAACAUGGCAAUGGGCCGCUUCCUGAUGGAGCUGGCGACGUUGAUGGCGGACAACCCCGGCUAUCCCGCGGACGAUGCCCUGCUCAGCCGGUUUGAGAACGUGCUCGGCUUCGUGGUCGGCAAGCCCUAUACGCCUUCGCUGUCCGUGUUGGCGGCCAUCCAACCUGCUCGAGAGGCAGCGCUGCGCAGCAUGCGCGCGCACGCGGUGGGUGGUCUUGGCCAACAGAGCGCCGGCUGGAGCCUAGCGCUGCGCGAUAUCGGCGAAUACGGCGAUGACUAUCUUCGCCGCGCGGCCGUGGCACUCGUGGGCUUUGGCGCCAAUCUUCCCAAAGACGCAAUAUACCCGACCUCUAUGGCCGAUGAUCGCGAUCAGCCUCUACGUGGCGACCAGCGCUACCGGCUGCGGUUCGCCGACAACAAGAGCCCGCCCGUGGUCGCGCGCUUCGACGGGUUUUGGUCCGUGUCGCUCUACGACGACAUCGGCUUCUUCAUCGAGAAUCCCGAACAACGAUACGUCGUCCACAGCUGGGAGCUGGAGCCCGCCACCGAUCGCGACGUCGACAUCUACAUCGGUUGUGACGAUCGCGCGGCCUUCGACGGCGACGGCCUAAGCGGCGACGACUUCUGGUUGCCAGCGGCCACGACGGAUCCCAUUGUGCUCACGCUGCGGAUGUAUGCGCCCGGGGACGCAGCGCUGCCACCUGAGGGAGGCGCGGACGACGACUUGCCCGCAUGGACGCCGCCGGCCAUCGAAUGGUUAGGCGCCUGUAGCGCCCUGUAG